ACUCCUCCAUUCCUUCCUCUCCUCCCUCUCGCGCCAAGUCGUCGUCGUCCUCGUCGUCGUCGCCGCCGCCCUCCUCGCCGCCGCCGUGAAGCCCGAUCUCCGAUGUACCCGAGGAUCGGGAGCCACCACGGCAAUCCCGCCGUAACGGCGGGCCGUGCUUCCUCUUUCCACCACGCCGCCCCUCCCGCUUCCGGCGCCGCAGGAUUGGGCAUCAGGGUUGCUGUGAAGCCGGAGUAUCGGAUAACGCCUCCGCCUCAAUUGAUACAACAAAUGGGAGAUAUACCGCGAAGCAACUUUCAGUUUGACUUUGAUUUUGAGAGGAAAGUUCUAGCUGAAUUAGAGAAGGAAAGCCCUGAUUGGAGCAGGCUUGGGCUAGAAAAUCUUCCAUCGAGGAGUUCAGAGGCACCGCCUCCAUCAGGUCCUGCAGGAGAUCCCAUAAUCAACAAGUACAUCUCAUCUGGAUUAAGCCGAGAAGCUGUUCCUCUUGCAGUGGCAAACUACGGGGAUAAUCCAACCAAGGUUAGGGAAUUUGUCAAUGGUUAUACUCGCCUGCGCGAGAUGGGAUUUUCUUCAAGCAGUAUUGCCGAGGCCUUGGUCAAGAACAACAACAAUAUGGAUGAAGCAUUGGCUUACUUUCUAAAUAGUUCAUCAUGAGUACUCGAUAGUUGGAUGUCUUCACGUAAUAUAAAAUCUGUAAUUGUGGGGACACGCUUCUCCGGAAAUAGUUGUGUGACUUUUGUUUGGCUUCUAGUUGGUUCAUGUAAAUACUGUUUAAUACAUAGAGGACGACAGACAAUUUUUUUCUGUGGCGAAUGGUGACGUGAUAUUUCUUCCAGGAUCCAAAGCAAGUUA